AUGACAACCGAUACCAACACUGACCUCGCGUCCCAUCCACCUCGCUCCCUCCCACCACCCUUCAACAAUUCUCCACUCUCAGCCUUCCAACUCAUAGCCCAAGGCGCCGAAGCCCUUCUCUACAAAACUCAGUUCCUCACACCCACCCAAUCCGCAGCCUUGAAAGUCCGGCCAAAAAAGCCAUGGAGACAUCCAACUUUAGACCGAAGACUCACGCGCCAGAGAAUCCUCGCGGAAGCCAGGGUCCUGGUAAAAUGUCUAAGAGAAGGUGUUAAAGUGCCACAAAUCUAUGCGCUGGAUUGGGAACAGGGUUGGAUGGUCUCUGAGUGGAUUGAGGGACCGGGAACGGUCAAGGCGGUUAUUAGAGGAUGGGAAGCUGGAGAGGAUGAGUUGAGGUCAUUGCUGAGGAGGAUUGGUGCUGCAGUGGGCAAGUUACAUGACAUUGGAGUUGUGCAUGGGGAUCUGACGACUAGUAAUAUGAUGUUACGAGCGACGAGCGACGAUGGACCGGACGAGACGGAAGAAGUUGUGUUGAUUGAUUUCGGGCUCGCGGUUCAAAAUGCUACGAUGGAAGAGGAUCGAGCUGUGGAUUUAUAUGUUCUGGAAAGAGCUUUUGGGAGUACGCAUCCCAAGGAAGAGAGACUUUUCGACGAGGUCUUGAAUGGUUAUGAGGGAUCUUUCAAGGGUGCAAAGAAGACACUGAAGAAGUUGGAAGAUGUUAGAAUGAGAGGGAGGAAGAAGAGUAUGAUUGGGUGA